AUCUCAUUCUCUCACCCAGACUGGAUUCCAAUGGCAUGAUCACAGCUCACUGCAGCCUUGACUUCCCAGACUUAAGUGAUCCUCCUGCCUCAGCCUCCCAAGCGGAGUCUCGCUGUCUCCCAAGGUGGAGUACAGUGGUGCAAUCUCGGCUCACUGCAACCUCCGCCUCCCAGGUUCAAGCGAUUCUCCUACCUCAGCCUCCCAAGAAGCUGGGAUUACAGGCACGCGCCACCACACCCAGGAAUAAUGUAUUUGUGGCCUUGGACAUGAGGCAAUCAGUCCUCUGUUGCUGUUAACAUAAGGUCAGGGACUGAUGAGGAAAGCAUGGACCUAAUGAACGGGCAGGCAAGCAGUGUCAAUAUUGCAGCUACUGCUUCUGAGAAAAGUAGCAGCUCUGAAUCCUUAAGUGACAAAGGCUCUGAAUUGAAGAAAAGCUUUGAUGCUGUGGUAUUCGAUGUUCUUAAGGUUACACCAGAAGAAUAUGCGGGUCAGAUAACAUUAAUGGAUGUUCCAGUAUUUAAAGCUAUUCAACCAGAUGAGCUUUCAAGUUGUGGAUGGAAUAAAAAAGAAAAAUAUAGUUCUGCACCAAAUGCAGUUGCCUUCACAAGAAGAUUCAAUCAUGUAAGCUUUUGGGUUGUUAGAGAGAUUCUUCAUGCUCAAACAUUAAAAAUUAGAGCAGAAGUUUUGAGCCACUAUAUUAAAACUGCUAAGAAACUGUAUGAGCUGAAUAACCUUCAUGCACUUAUGGCAGUGGUUUCUGGCCUACAGAGUGCCCCAAUUUUCAGGUUGACUAAAACAUGGGCGUUAUUAAGUCGAAAAGACAAAACUACCUUUGAAAAAUUAGAAUAUGUAAUGAGUAAAGAAGAUAACUACAAAAGACUCAGAGACUAUAUAAGUAGCUUAAAGAUGACACCUUGCAUUCCCUAUUUAGGUAUCUAUUUGUCAGAUUUAACAUACAUCGAUUCAGCCUACCCAUCAACUGGCAGCAUUCUAGAAAAUGAGCAAAGAUCAAAUUUAAUGAAUAAUAUCCUUCGAAUAAUUUCUGAUUUACAGCAGUCUUGUGAAUAUGAUAUUCCCAUGUUGCCUCAUGUCCAAAAAUAUCUCAACUCCGUUCAGUAUAUAGAAGAACUACAAAAGUUUGUGGAAGACGAUAAUUACAAGCUUUCAUUAAAGAUAGAACCAGGUACAAGCACCCCACGUUCUGCUGCUUCCAGAGAAGAUUUAGUAGGUCCUGAAGUAGGAGCGUCUCCACAGAGUGGACGAAAAAGUGUGGCAGCUGAAGGAGCCUUGCUCCCACAGACACCGCCAUCCCCUCGGAAUCUGAUUCCACAUGGACAUAGGAAGUGCCAUAGUUUGGGUUAUAAUUUCAUUCAUAAAAUGAACACAGCAGAAUUUAAGAGUGCAACGUUUCCAAAUGCAGGACCAAGACAUCUGUUAGAUGAUAGCGUCAUGGAGCCCCAUGCGCCAUCUCGAGGCCAAGCUGAAAGUUCUACUCUUUCUAGUGGAAUAUCAAUAGGUAGCAGCGAUGGUUCUGAACUAAGUGAAGAGACCUCAUGGCCUGCUUUUGAAAGGAACAGAUUAUACCAUUCUCUCGGCCCGGUGACAAGAGUGGCACGAAAUGGCUAUCGAAGUCACAUGAAGGCCAGCAGUUCUGCAGAAUCAGAAGAUUUGGCAGUACAUUUAUAUCCAGGAGCUGUUACCAUUCAAGGUGUUCUCAGGAGAAAAACUUUGUUAAAAGAAGGCAAAAAGCCUACAGUAGCAUCUUGGACAAAAUAUUGGGCAGCUUUGUGUGGGACACAGCUUUUUUACUAUGCUGCCAAAUCUCUAAAGGCUACCGAAAGAAAACAUUUCAAAUCAACAUCCAAUAAGAAUGUAUCUGUGGUAGGAUGGAUGGUGAUGAUGGCUGAUGACCCUGAACAUCCUGAUCUCUUCCUGCUGACUGACUCUGAGAAAGGAAAUUCGUACAAGUUUCAAGCUGGCAAUAGAAUGAAUGCAAUGUUAUGGUUUAAGCAUUUGAGUGCAGCCUGCCAAAGUAACAAACAACAGGUUCCUACAAACUUGAUGACUUUUGAGUAGAAGCCUGAGAAAAAAAGAGAGGUGAACUGUUGCUUCUGUGUGAGCAUGAGGACCUGAUAAAAGAGCGCCAGCUAUAAACCAUCCUGUGCCAGGAAGAGCCCAGAGGCUCUGUCUCAGUCUUUGGAGUUCUGAACCAAAAAAGCACUAAUUUCAGGGAAUGAAUUGAGAUAUUCCCAGAGAACAAAUUGGAGUUGCAAAACAAACUGCCAUGAACCAUGCUUCUUAUCUCAGAACUGACCUGUGGAAACCACUGCCUUAAAAGAAUGAAAGGAAAACCAACAUGAAACACCAAAUAGUGUGUGUGAAUCUUCUGGCGGUGCUGUGCUUGGAAUAGAUCGUAGCUAAUUUGCAUUUCUUUUAACUUUGUAAUAAUUUUAGAGGGGGGAAUUGCCCUUUUUAGAUAUGCUUUAAAAAGGAAAAACAUAUUCUUGUGGAUUCCAUCAGGCGCUGGUUUUGAACCGAGGUGAAGAGACUUAGCAGGGAUUGUACCAGCAGCCCACCUGCAAGGUUUGUUCUCCCUCUAGUAGUCUGCAACCUCACUGGCUUUCUCACAGCAAGAGUGUAGGAAUGAGAAAUGUUAGUCAUGUGAGUUCUUGGGUUCGUUUGGGAUUGGGUGGGGGUGUUUGUUUUGUUUUGGAUGAGGGGAGAAUUUUUUAAACACUAAACUUCUGAAAUGUAGUACUGUAAGGGGAACAUUAUUUCCUGCAGGAGGUACAAAGGCUGAGUGUUCAUUUGCCAGAUGCUUUUUUUUAAAUAGGUUCCAGAAAACAUGGUUGUUUCUAACUAGGGUUAAAGUUUAGCUUUCUAUAUGAAUUCAUUGUUGGACCACAGAUCUGCUUAAGUAAAGAACUAUAAUCCCAACCUAAACUUUUCUGAGAUUUUACAAUAAUUAGAUCUUUUUCCAAGUUAAUUGGAUUUUCCCUUCUCCCAGUCAUAGGUGGUUUUUAUCAUCAAGACAGACUGAUAUUUUGUCAGGAUAUUUUCUUUUACAGUAUUUGAUGUGCAUAAUGCCAGAGUUAUUUUUUUAUUAUUCAUUUUCUCUCUUUUUGUUCAAUAUGAGAUUCAGGAUCAUAUUUGUUUAAAAGGUAACACAUAGAGAUGUAUGUAUAUAUUUUGUUAUAAGACAUACAAAAUAAUUUUAAGAGGGAUAAAGGUGAAAAUAUCAGAUUCUGGAAAUUUUAAGUAUCUAAACUUUAUACUUGUAUGAUUUACCAUAUACAUACCAAAACAUUUUUCUGAAAAUUUACUGUCGGUCUCUGACAUGAAACCGUAUUUUGUCAGUAGUUGACCAAGCAGUUUUAUGAGAACUCUUCUAUGCAAUGAUGCAUUUAAUUUCUAAAGUAAAUGUUGAAUUAUUAAAAAAAAAAAAGUUUGAAGGUGAGAUGCCUUAGAAUUUUAAUGAAAAAUGACACUCAAACAAAGGCUAUAUGUCGAAUGUUAUAAACUCUUGAGACAUAAUAAAUUUUAGCAGUGGCCUAGAGUAAGGUAAUGCUUUGUGACUGAUAUCUACUAAUAGACUUCUGUUACUUUGGGCCUCACAUAAAAUUUCACACAUUCGUAUUCUUAGAGAAUUUUAUACUUUUUUAUUAUAAGUAUUUUGCCCUUGAGUCCAUGAAACUUCAAUAGAAAAUAUUGCUUAUACAAUAAUUAGCUUAAAAUCCAUCCAAAGGAAAAGAGAAGAGCUUUUUUUGAGUGUUAAGUUUUUUAAUUUAGUUUUCUGUUUGGAAAAGAUGUUAAGAGUUCAAAUAUGCUUCUUAUAUAACAGAAAUACCAUUAUUUUUGGGGUUUAGUGACACAGGCUGGAGAGGACAAAAGUUUCCUGUGCUGAAUGAUUUUUCAAUUAAUGCUCUAAGCUUAACCCAUGUUGGGUAAUAGAAAGACAUAGCCAGCAGUAUUACUACGUAGACCUUGCACAUCUUACUUUUGUUUUGCAUUUUUAAAAAUUUCUUAAUUUGUUUAUUUCUCUUCAGAAAUAGUGUUUUUAACAGUGUAUGUGCUUUUUUAAAAAGUAUUGUGAAUGAGAACCCUGUGGAUUUUUUUAAUUUCAUUUGUUUGUCAUAAUAAGCUAACGUAGAAAUGUUGUAGGUUAACCAUAUCUGUGGAGAUAUGCAGUUGGAAGUCAGAGCCUGACAUCACAUAGUUUUGCCAAAGGGAGAGAGCUAAGCUGGAAGAUGUGUUUGAUACUUUCGGCUCUAAACAUUAAUGGAUGUUUGCGUAGAGUAAGAUAGUGUUCAAAUUUGGUUAAUAGUUUAUAGAUAGACUUGUGGCCUCUGACUGACUAAAUUUCUUAACAGCGCAGAAGUCGUUGUUUUUCUGUCUUUAAAAUUUAUUCAUUCAGAAAAUUAGUCAUUGCUUUUUAAGAUUAUUUUAGCAUUUGAAGCAAAUUGAAAACAGAGAAGUGACUUAAAAUAGUGUAGGUGAAUUUUUUAUCUAUAAUUUACCAAAUAAUACCUGAUAACAAUUCAAAGAAAAUAUGUUACCAAAAUAUAUUAAAUAUAUAGGUAGUUCAUUCGUGGGAAGAUGAAUCUUCUUAUUAAGCCUGCCCUCAAUUGUAAAUAAGUGACUCAAAAACUCAAAAUGUUCAUCAGCAUUAAGGUCAUUUGUUUCACCCUUAGCCAAGAAGAACUCAUUAGAAAUUCAGUUAUAAUUUAAAUUUAAGCCUGUUUAUGAUAAGCAUAAUGAUUGGCAUGUUAUAUAGCCUGUUGAAAAUAACUACAGAAUGACCUUCCAGAGCACUGUUUUUGGCCUCGUGCCCCCUCUGUUCAGGCUUUGCUUGUUUUUCAGAAUAUGAUUUUUACCUCCAGACAGUAAGAAUUGAACAAGAACUAAUCAAACACACCUUCCUAUUUUGUUUUCUUCACUAUGUAAAUAUUAUUUGGGCAAACAUUACAAAAAGGGAUCCAAACAAUUUGAGUUUCAGUAUUUUUUUCUCCCUAGGCAUGUGCUUCAAUUUCAAAUAUUUUUUCUGUGUGGAAAAUGCCAUGUAACUAUCGCACUACCUUCUGUGUAGACUGUGUUGGUAUUGGUUCUUUCUGUAUAUCAAAAGUCAGGGUGUAUAACUGCAAAGUUUGUAUAAGUGGCUUUAUUCCUCUUCUAGAAGAUUUAUGAGGAGCCUAGGAAGCACUAUUGGUACAGGAGGAAAAAAGAAUGGAAAACAUGUUUACAGACUCUAGCGUUCCUUAUUAGCUUAAACUGGGGCCCUCAAAGAGCAGCCUGUUGAUCUUUUGGCCAAAUGACUUGAGCGUAAGUCUUUUAUUUCUUUUUAAGGUUAAAUCGUAAACUGUAUACCUUUACUACUGAAGACAAAACUAUAGGGCAUCAUACUAAUUGAAAAUCGAUAGUAAUAGGUUCCAUCCAUUGGCUUUUUAAAUGAAUAGAUCUGGUAUUGAUUUCCUUCCUGUUUUUUUGAGGCACAUUCCUUUACAACCAGUGUUUAAACCACCACGUAAUCAUCUUCUGCAAACAAGGGGUGCCCGUGUUGCCUAACAGAAGAUAAUCUUUAAUAAAGCAAAUCCUCUGCUUCAAAGGCUUUUGAAAUAAUUGGAUCCCUUUUUGAAAAGGAAGAUGAGUUUAACUGUGUCCAGGUGGAAUAAUAGUACUCCUGUUGCAUGAAUAGAUGAUACAAAGCAAGUGAUGAGGUUGGUAUGACUUCUUUAGUGACCUUUUAGUGUUUGCUUUUAUUUUCCUCUCUUUUUUGUAUUAUUUCUUUCAAACAUAGUAAAUAUACGAUUUUACAGCCAAA